CACUGAGCUGCCGUCAAUCUUCUUUUGCCUGAGCCUAGGCUUCCAAACAACACGGGCGUUGAUUUUUCACUGCAAAGGCCCGGCGGCGGCCCUUCCUUUUCUGAAACGAUCGCGCAGGCGCCCGACGUAGGGUGAUCGCGAGAAGAGAUUUGCCUUCGCUCGAUUCUUCUGCUUCACUCUGAGCGGGAGAUUUUGAGCAGGCGUAUUUUCCGCCCACCCGAGUCUCGAACUUAAUUUUGUUUCUAAGCAAAUCAGUCUUUUCUCAAAAUGGAAACUCCUGUAUUAAACAAACCUACAUUGCUAUACUCCACCCCAGAGAACUAUGAGAUGUCUGCUCAGAGCAGCAGCAGCUCAGGGAAACAGCCAAUGAGUCAUUCCCUCAGAGAACGAUUGAAAAAAACAAGACGGUCCUUUCACUCAACUUUCACAGUAGCAAAGCGUCUGAAAAUAGAUGAAGAAAACAACUGUAGUCCUUGUGAAGGAAAGACUUUAUCUAAAGAAGCAUCAUGUUCUACAUUACAACACGAGGGUGAACAUUUAGAAAAAGAUUCUGAUGAAACUAUGUGUUUGAAAAGUGCUUCGCAAGAAAGAUUGCUGUGUGUGUCCAACUAUGCUGGAUGCAGUGAAGCUAUACAAAAUUCUGAAGAAGUUCUCUCGUCAGAAACAGACUGCAGGCAAAGGGAGCUAUUGGAGGAAAAGAUGACAUUAGUAAAGAAGAUUCAAGAAAAGGAGGAACUUCUUCGAAGACUUAAACUGGUCAAGAGGUACAGAUCAAAGAAUAACCCAACAGAGUUGCGCUCUCUAAUAUCAAAAUGGCGGUGCAGUUCCCAAGCGAUGUUGUAUGAACUACAAUCAGCCUUGUCUACAGAUGGCAGGAAAUUAAGUCUCACUCAACUGAUAGACAGUUUUGGACUAGAUGACAAACUGUUACAUUACGUCAGAAAAGAAGAAGACUUUACAGAUGGAUGAUACAAGUGUUUUACUUAAGAAUUAUCAGAAAAUGGAUAUUUUCAAAGCUUAAAUCUGGCUUUUGACUGCUGCACUGGACUGUUGCGAGAACAAUGUGGGUCUUUUGUAGAAAAGGCAACAAGUUUCUAAGGAAGGCUAAUCUUUUUGUUUACUAGUGUAUUCAUAUUGUUUAAAAACAUGGAAAUGGUAGUUCAGUUGUAAGAGAUUAUAUUUUGAUUAUUAGGUCUUGUAGGCUAUGUGAUGUGAUACAUGAUAGUGCUUUUGUUUUUAAUCUAUAACAUGUACACAUUUUAAUCCAGCAAGGAUUAAUAAUGGCCACUUUGGAUCCAAAACAAAUUAUUGUAUUAUUGUAUCAUCAUUAUUGAAAAGCAUUUACUUAAGGCAAGUGUAAAAGCCCAUUCCUAAAAUAAUUAUUUCUAAACCCUACUGUGUUCCAGGGCACUUAGUUAUUAUAAAGUAUGUUUAGGGUGGAGGCAUUAAAAAUUAACACAUGUAAUAGGAUGCCUAAUAAAGACCCAGAGAAAGUGAGCAUUGGGGAGAUGAGACUGGACCUGUCCUAUACCCUUUUUGAAGUGUCCUUCAAGGAAAGAUCUGUCCUUGAAUCUAUUAAAUGCUAGGAGACUGCUGUAAAAAGUAACUGAUUUGUUCCAUCAGUAUGUGGAAUUCAGUCCCUACCUCUCUGCUACUUGAUUCUCAAUGACCCUUUAGGGUUACUAGCUCAUAAGGCUGCAGUUGGAGUAGAAGACAACUGCCACAAUUACACUUUUGCAAUCCUAAAUGUACAGUAGCCCUUUGUGGUUCAUAGACUGCCUAACCCUCUGCCCCUUCUUUCCUACUUGAUGUCCCAACUUCCCUAAAUAACUUUGCCAAUCCACUUCCCUUUCUACAGGUGGUGCAGUCUCUUUUUCCUGGGUAUUUGGUGAUGUUUUCACUCAGUCCUCCUUUAUUUCACUCUCUUCUUUACUUCAAGUCCUUAUCUUUACUACCUAACAUUCCUGCUUUUUGGCCCACUGCCUAUUUUAGACAGUUGUCCUUGAGUACAGGCCAGCUUCAAAAGUUUCACCACUACAAGAGAAAUAAAAUACAGGUAAUUCCUAAAAUUGUUUAUUCCAUUGUAAAAUACAUAGUGAAUAAUCAUAGUCCUUUGAGAAUCAAAAUGGCUUACAAUGUAAUAUCUAAAGCUACCUGAAGUGUGGUUAGAAAUGGGGGGACCCUUGCGAGCAAACUCCUGCAAUUUUGUAAGAUUGCUUUAUUGCUUCUAGUUGUGGAAACAUCACUUUGCUAAAACUCUUGCACAUCAAAGAAAGCUGGGAAUGUUCUCAUUCUUAGCCUCUCCACUUCAGCUUGAAGGACUGACAACUCCUGAGCCUGUGCUUUUGCAAGAUCCACAAGCUGCUGUCUCUGUACAAUGUCCUCAUAAUGCUCUUUAGCAAUCUUUUGAUUAAGCAUCUCUGAGUCUGUAAAAAAUAAAAUAGAAUGCAUCUAAUCAUAUAGAAUGUGCAACAGAUUAACAACCUGAUCUAUCUGAUUGGACUCCUCCAAAUGUUAAAGUAGGAGCAUUGUGGGAACAACAUUGCAACAGCUCUCAUUCUCCUACUGGAAAUAUCAAUUGUCCUCAGUUGUGCAAUUGAUAAAACUUAUUUCCUUUGCAUCCUGAUAAAUAUCAAGAGCUGGCUAUAUGGAGUGGUGUAGUAAUCAGUGAUAUCUCCCAUUACCUCCCUCAGAAGUGACAAAGUAAACCAAAGUAACCUUGGAAAACUAGGGUACAAUCUACCAGAGUUAUAGUAAUGGGUGAUCGGUAUAAGACAAGAUCUUAGAGCUGAUUCAUGAAUUAUGCUUUCACCAUAGGAAGGUUGAUCUGUGUUGAGAGCAGCAUGCUUUUAAUAACACAAACAGUGGUGUGAGCAUUACUGGAUGCAGUUCAAGAGAGGAAGCUGAUGCUCACAGUAGAUUAAACUUGGUAGCAGAAGAUGUGAAAUGUCCCAGUAAUCCUUAAAAUAUGACUCACCAGUAGCCUCAUGAAUGUGCCGCCUUUCUGACACAGUAACGAGCAUUUCUUGUAAUUCCUUGCUAAGUUUUUGGUUUGCUAGGUCUUUCAGACUUAUUUGUUUCUCCAACUCUCUGAUGACUUUCUCACACUGUUGCACAUUUUUCUUGUGAACCUGGCCAUUUAAAAAUAAGCAAACAUAUAUAUUUCCUAGGUUAAGUUGUUUUAAAAUAGAUUUGGGUAUUCAGCAUACAUUAUUUGCAGGCUUUCUUCCCUUCAGUCAAAGUGGCUAAUGGAGAGCAUUCAAAGAAAGAACUUAAGAGGUUGUGGCUGGUAGCUACUAUGUUAAAAGAAAGGUGAGGGUGCUGAUGAAUAUAAUUUUUUAAUUCUGCUCACUCCCUUGCACAAGAACUCCAAGUGAAUUACAUGCAUACAUAGUAUAAAAGAGCAAAAAUAAUGCUAUCAUUAAACACAAAUCCAACAUCAAUAGGCUUAAACUAGAAGCAAAAUAAAAACUUGUUCUGCUGUCUGAUUUUUUUUAAGUUCUAGAUGAAAGGUAGGAAUGUAAAAAGAUGGUGAGAAAGUGAGGGAAAGCAUUUAGCAGUGGCAGGUCAGAACACUUUCAGUUUAUGUAGAAGUCUGUAAGUCCCACAGAAUUUACUUUGAAAUAAGUAUGUUCAGUAGUGAAGUUGAUCAAUCCUAUAUGCCCUUACUGAAGUAAAUCUUACUGGUUUUAGUGGUGCUAGCUGGGUUCAAAUGACUCCAAGAAUGGAGAACAGAGAGGGAAGCUGCUUAGAUUUAUUUAAUGAAACCCAUAGCAGAAGGCAGUAAUGCCAAGGCUAAAGAUGGCAAGGGAAAUGGUAAAGUCUGAGCUAAGAUGGGUAUUCCAAAUAGGACAGUCUACACAUGUUUUGUUCAGAUACACCCCCCAAGGGUACUUACCUUAUCUAGAAAAUUAAGCGUUCCUUCCAGUACUGAGACCUCAUGAUUGAUUCGGCUAUCAUAGUUUAAUGCCGUUAAGAACUGUGGAAUUAAGAGAAAAUCAAGCUAUCAAUAUGCUUCCAGACAUGAAACCCUGUUGUCUAAUGCAACUGAAUCUCACUGCACAAGUAAUUUUACAUAGAGGUGCUUUUCACAUAUGUAUUGUCUAAAUCUUGGGAUUUAUUAUACAAAGUACUUCUUACCCAGGUAGCACACUGAGACUGAAAUUAUGUAGUAAUAAUAAACAUGCAUGAUAUAACAGUCACAGACAUUCCUGGAGUAACACGUCACUGGAUAAACACCAUACUUUAUGUAGAGCAGAACUCUUAGACAUACCAAUUAAUGAGUGAUGAUAAAGAACUGAAUAAAAUUUAUU